AUGGCGCGGAUCCUGAGACUUUGCACCUGGCUGCUGGCGCUUGGGUCCUGCCUCCUGGCUACAGUGCAGGCGGAAUGCAGCCAGGACUGCGCCAAGUGCAGCUACCGCCUGGUACGCCCCGGCGACAUCAACUUCCUGGCUUGCACCCUGGAGUGUGAAGGACAGCUGCCUUCUCUCAAAAUCUGGGAGACCUGCAAGGACCUCCUGCAGGUGUCCAAGCCUGAGCUCUCUUGGGGUAGCCCCGACAUGCUCAAAGACAGCAGCAAGCAGGACGAGGGCCAUUUGCUAGCCAAAAAGUAUGGCGGCUUCAUGAAAAGGUACGGGGGUUUCAUGAAGAAGAUGGACGAGCUUUAUCCGGUGGAGCCUGAAGAAGAAGCCAACGGAGGCGAAAUCCUUGCCAAGAGGUAUGGCGGCUUCAUGAAGAAGGAUGCGGAUGAGGGCGACACCCUGGCCAACUCCUCCGACCUGCUGAGAGAGCUCCUGGGAACAGGAGACAACCGUGGGAGGGAGAGCCACCCCCAGGAGGGCACUGACAACGAGGACGACAACGUGAGCAAGAGGUAUGGGGGCUUCAUGAGGGGCCUCAAAAGAAGCCCCCAGCUGGAAGACGAAGCGAAGGAGCUGCAGAAGCGCUACGGGGGCUUCAUGAGAAGGGUGGGCCGCCCCGAGUGGUGGAUGGACUACCAGAAGAGGUACGGGGGCUUCCUGAAGCGCUUUGCUGAGUCUCUGCCCUCCGACGAAGAAGGGGAAAGUUACUCUAAAGAAGUUCCUGAGAUAGAAAAAAGAUAUGGGGGAUUUAUGCGAUUUUAA